AGUUCGCGCUCAGAGUUCACUUACGCAUUGAGGAUGUUCUAUCGCGCGAUCAUCCUGUUCUGCCUGAUCGCAGGCACGAUUUCCACGAACAUCAAAUUAGCUAGGAUAGUAAUCGUUGGUGCAGGGGCGUCUGGUAUCGCAGCUGCAUCGAAAUUACUUGAAAACGGCUUCGAAGAUGUUUUAAUUUUAGAAGCUGAGAAUCGAAUUGGCGGUCGAGUGAAUACAGUUAAAUUUCAUGAUUACUGGGUAGAUUUAGGGGCGCAAUGGGUCCACGGAGAGAAAGGAAACGUUGUAUACAAAAUGGUAGCUGAUUUGAAUCUCACGGACCACUCGGAUCCCUACGAGGACAACAUUUACACGUCCACAGGUGAAUUAAUCGAUACCAGAAUCACCAAGAACAUUACAGAUACUUAUGUGGAAGACAUGGACAGGGUAGAAGAAAUAACGCGUAUUGAGUGCAAUCGUUCCAUCGGCGAAUGUUUCGAAAAUAAGUUGAGACAGUCUUUCUCGCUAUUUCCGGAAUUAAAUGAGACGAUGCAAGACCAAUUAUUAUGGCUCUUUGAAAUGAUGCAGACUAGCUAUGAUCCUGCUGAUAGCUGGUACGAUAUCUCGGCGAGAGAGUAUUUCGAAUAUUCUCUGUGUGAGGGAGAUCAAGUGAUAAAUUGGAAAGAACGCGGGUACAGCACCAUUCUCGAUAUAUUAAUGAAAAAAUAUCCAAAUCCGGAAGAAGAGUUACCUGUAUUGAACAAAACGAUUUUAAAUACCGAAGUAACAAAAGUCGACUAUUCCAGCGAAGAUAAUACUGUAAAAAUAUCGACGCUCGAUGGAAAAGAAUACGUAGCCGAUCAUGUAAUCAUGACCCCAUCUUUAGGGGUACUUAAAACACAAUACGAGACUUUGUUUAAUCCUCCAUUACCGGAAAACAAAGUUAGGAAUAUUAAGGGUUUAGGAUAUGGAAAUGCUUGCAAAAUCUUUAUAGCGUUCAACGAUACUUGGUUUAAUCCGAGGGGAGAUAAGAACGGAGGGUAUAGAAUUAUCUGGACUAAAGAAGAAAGGGAGAAGCUGGAUAGUAAUCCAAAGACAAGGUGGAUGGCCUAUUCCGUAGGAUUUUUCUACGUCGAGCACAAGCCUCGUUUACUGUACAUAUGGGUUUCUGGGAAAGGUGCACGUCUAAUGGAUGACGUCACGGAUGAAGAAGUGUAUGAUCAAGUUACAGAGAUGUUAUAUAAUAUGAUGUCAAAUAUGUUUAAUGUCACUAGGCCAUUAGCAGUGAUAAGGAGUAAAUGGCAUCAAAAUAAACACUUCCGGGGUACGUACAGCUACCGAAGUAUGGAAACGGUAGCAACGAACUCUAGCGCGUCACAGUUAGCCGAGCCAAUUGUGAAAAAUGAGAAACCGGUGGUAUUAUUCGGCGGCGAGGCCACUAACGAACAUCACUUCUCUACGGUACACGGUGCAAUUGGUUCAGGAUGGAGAGAAGCUGACAGAUUGAUACGACUUUAUCUCAAAACUGAUGAUACAAAUGGUGAUUUGAUGACCAAGUAACAGAUUUUAUUUCAAUAGAAUUUUCUGCAUCUACAAAUAU